UGUGUGUGAGUGUGAGUGUGAGACCAGGGCAGUAGUAAAUCAUGCAUGAGUGAUUAUACUUGUGGUUAGAAAACUUGUGCAGAGAAAUGUUUAGAGGCAUGUAAAAAGUGGAAGUGCUUUUAAAAGUGUGUGGAAGGAUGUGAAAGCGGUUAGAAUAGCACCCAACAUAUAAACUCUGUCAACACUCAAAAUAAAGGAGAAAGGAAGACGUGACAGAAAACAAAGAGAUCUGGCUUUGGGUCCGAGUGAAUGCUGAGAGAUGAAUAUAUUAAUAAUCUUUGUUUUGAUCUUCACAUUCACACUAAAGGCCAACGGGGCAGAUUUUGAUAAUGCUGCAGCCACUAAAAAUGUGACAGGUAAUUUCUCAAAUCAAGAUGGUAACAUGACCUCAAAUCCGACCUUCACUUCCACCACUGAGAUGCAUGUGGCUGUUAACACACCCAGUAUCUCGAAUUUAACAAAUCCUUCUACUAUCCCAUCAGAAUCUGAAAAUAAAGCUGACCGGGAUGGGAAAAUGUUGAACAAUUGCAACGAGACAAAUAAACAACUGGAACAAAAAGUUGAAGGCUCCUUCAAGUUGAACCUUGUGAUGAUUCUCGUAUUUAUAUUGGGAGUCAUUUGUUCAACGAUUAUUUUCUCUACUGUGUUGUGCUUUGUGAUCAUCUGCGACAGAUGCAGAAAAACAGAUGCAAACACAGACAAAGAAGGUAUUACCUUAGAGGGUGUUAGAAGUGGACAUGACCAAUUGAUGAUGCAGUCUGAUGAAGACCAGGCAGAUGAGCAGGCCCCACUUCAAGUACAGUCUCCUGUUGAGGUCUCCACAAACACAUCUGAAAUUAAUAGUGGAACUAAAGAGGAAAUGAAGAUCUCAGAAACAGAACAGACAGAAGGAGCUGGAGAAGUAAAUGAAGUUGACUAUGCCUCUAUCAACUACUCACUUUUACAGAAGAAAGACAAUGGAGGCUUAAAGCCACAGAAAGUGGAGAGCGAUUAUGCAGAGAUUCAGCUAAAAAAGAUGAGUGAAGGAGAGGAAGUUGAGACAUUGCAGGAUGGAGAGAAGCAGGAUGAUGUGAAGAAGCAUGAAGUAAAUCAAGAUGGAGGGAAUCAGGGUCUAGAUGGUGUGACAGAGAGCCAGAAGCAAGUGGAGUUACAGAAGGUGCAGGUUUAAACCAGUACACAUGGUUUACAGUGAAAAAGGACAGUAAAGAAUGGCUUUGGUAUUUUAACUAUCAGUGACUGAUUGUUUGAAGAUUUUGCUAUUAUUGAGUCAAGUUACAUUUGCCUUAAAUGCAGCAUGAAUAUUUGCAUUGCUAACAUGCAAAACAGACUGUUUUUUUGUUUGUUUCUAUUCUGCUUUUCCUGAACACUCAACAACUCACUUCCCCUAUUUUGAAGCUAUGCACAUAUGUCUUGUCGAUUACCUUAUAAGUAGCAUAGUUGAGCAACUGCUUCUGUAAAGCACAAAGCUAAUUUUUGAGAAACUAGCAGGCUCCAAUGCAUGGCAGUAUUGCAAAUCAUGAAAAAAAAAGGGGGGGGGGGGG